AUGAUAGGAAUGGCCGGAUUCGCAGCAUCUCUGAUGGUGAUAGCGGUGAUAAUAUCUCCUUGCGUCUAUGGAAAAGAUCUCCCUGAUCAACGGGAAAUCCAAGUACAAAAACUUUUGAAGCGACUGAACAAACCGGCUCUUAAAUCCAUUAAGAGUGGAGAUGGAGAUAUAAUAGAUUGUGUUCCAAUUACUACUCAACCAGCUUUGGAUCAUCCUUUGCUUAAAAACCACACAAUCCAGAUGAGACCGAGUUUUAUCCCAAAAGGUGAUCAUUACACCAAGAAAGAUGCAAAGGCUAUAACUCAGGUGUGGCACCAGAAUGGAGAGUGUCCGCAAAACACUGUUGCUAUAAGAAGAACAACGAGAGAAGAAAUCUUACGAGCGAAAACCAUUGAGAGUUUUGGGAAAAAGACUCAUCAAAGCACCCCUGGAGGCCAUGAGCAUGCGAUCAUGGAUUCGGGGGACGGAAGGUUUUACGGGACACAGUUUGCAGUGAAUAUGUGGAGACCAGAAGUUGAAGUUCCCUCAGAAUUAAGCUUGGCUCAGACUUGGCUGUGGUCUGACUCUGACGAUGGUCUUAACACCAUUGAAGCUGGUUGGCAGGUUUAUCCAGGGAUGUACGGUGAUAAUAAUCUUAGAUUAUUUGUUUACUGGACUGCAAAUGGAUAUCAACCAGGGUCAGAGUCAUCUGGGUGUUACAACCACGCCUGCUCAGGUUUUGUUCAGAGGAGCAAUCGUAUCACUGUAGGAGGAUCCUUAUCUCCCAUGUCAAAUUACGACGGAGGUCAAUACAGCCUUCCCCAUGCUUAUUUGGAAGGUACGUACCGACGUAGUAAUUCUUUAGUACCCAAAGGAAAAAGCGGCGACAAUUGGUGGCUAAUGAUCCGUGACGAGCUUGUUGGGUACUGGCCUGGCUCGUUGUUUAAUUCUCUAAGAAACGAAGCAAAAAGAGUUCAAUGGGGAGGUGAAAUCGUAAACAUGAUGACCGGUGGGAGACACACCGACACAGAUAUGGGAAGUGGACAUUUUGCUGAUGAAGGGUUUAAGAAAGCAAGCUAUUUCAGGAAUAUUAUGACAGUUGACGGAGCCAAUACUCUCAGGGAACCACAAAGACUUAGCCCUUGGGCAGCUCAUGGUAACUGUUACAAUGUUAAGCCAGGAAAUGGUGGAACAAGCUUUGGGAAUCAUUUCUACUUUGGUGGUCCUGGUCGAAACGGUAACUGUCCUUGA